AAAUCAAUUUAGUUGUCAAAAAUAUUGCGCAGAGGUAGGGUGUAUUUCAUUAAAAAAUUCGUCGCGCAUUUAGCGAAAUAUUUUUAUAAUAAAUAAUAAUUAAAAUUGAUUUAAUAAAUUUACUACAAUGGUUGUAGACUUAGAGUACGAUUACAAUGCAGCUGUCGCGUCUAUGGACAUAUUUUCCCAGCAAGAUUUCGAUAGUAUAAAAGAGUGGACUCAAAAGUUAGAUAAAUCAAAAUAUGUGCCAAAAGAUCUUACGGAUAAGCAGUUGUUAGUUUUCUAUAAUGCUUGUUACGGGGAUUUGGAUAGGACGAAGGGGUGUAUUGAGAGGUAUUACCAGAUACGGAAGAACGCGCCGGAGAUGUUUGACAACAGAGUCUUGAGUUCGGACGAAGUGCAACCAACGGUGGAGGCUCUCGAGUACGCAGUUCUGCCGGAGAAGUCGUGCGCGGGCUACGACCUCAUCUACCACCGCCUGCACAGCACCGAGCCCUCCAAGUACCACCUGGAGCCAGGCUGCAAGCUGCUCUUCAUGACUGUUGAUGCGUGCCUCAACAAGAGAGGUCCUCAGCCAGGGUACAUCUUCCUGUUCGACAUGCAGGGAGUCAAGUUGGGCCACCUCACCAGAGUCAGUCUGUCCUUCCAGAAGGACAGACAAAGGUCCCUGCGCAAGUUCUUCCAGUACGUGCAGGAGGCGAUGCCGGUGCGCAUGCGCGAGAUCCACGUAUUCAACACCGAGCCCAUCCUCGACAAGCUGCUGCUGCUCAUCCGCCCCUUCAUGGACAAGAAGUUCUUUGACAUGAUAAAGUUCCACCACAAAAACGAGGACUUGGAGAAGUUCUACGAGACAGUCGUCCCCCGGUGCGCCUUACCGCCCGACCACGGCGGCACCCUCCCAGACACCCAGACCCUGCACAAGAAGUGUAUGCAGACCCUCAAAUCCAUGGAACCGUACUUCCGAGCUGAAGAAGAACAGAGGAUCAACGCGCUGCCCGACAAGAAAAGAGAUAAAGCUAUGGAGAAGGCGUUUAAGAAUUUGGAAAUAGAUUAGUUUCCGUUUCAAAUUGCCACAUAGGCGAAAGCAAGAUAGACUAUUCAAAAAAAUUGCUGUCUUUUGCGCAAUUGCGCAUACAUUCGUUUAAAUUUUAAUUUAGAUUUGGUAAUAGGCAUGUUUCAAGACUAUAUUUUAAUUCUUCGUUUUCAUAUUGGUGGAUGCGAGAUGGACUGAACCAAAUUGAAUUGUCAUCUUAAGUGCAUAGCUUGAUUUGAUAUUCUAGCGAUGUUGAGUUUUAUCUAAUCUCUGGCGUCUUUGAAUGAAUAACACUGGUUAACAAAUAACGACGCGUAACUUGUACAAGGCAAAUAAUAUUUAAAUUAUUUAUGGUAUUUUCUAUUCCAUUUGAGUUUAUUUGUAAAUAGACAUUUUUAUUUUUGGUACUUUUAUUUUAUCAAUUUAAUAACACAAUUAUAAAGUAUACUAUACCGGUAUACUUUAUGGUUGUGUUAUUAUGUGUGUAUGUCAUAAUGAAAUUGUUACUAUCUAUAAUAAUUGUUAAAAUGUUUUUUUUAAACAAAAACAAAGGAUAAACAGUAAUUUUUAAAACAAAAAUGGAAAUUCACAAACCACAUAUAGAUAAUUCAAUUCAUAAUUUGCGAUACGAGGUUAGCCCAAAUAACUAACUUGGGAUACUUCAUACAGUUUGGUUUAGUGUAGUGAAGUGUCUCGGGAUGUCAAAAUCGGUAAUAAUUUAGUUUUUUACUUGCAAAAGUAUGCCAAUCAGUUGUCUAUUGACUUCUCUGUCUAUGCUAAUUGCGCUUGUAUUUCAGUUGACAUUCCGUAAUGGUGCCUUAAAGAUAUCAUUUAGUGAUGUCUGGAUUACUCCUUACCGAUACGAUUAAUGAGAUCAAGUGUAUAGUCGGUUGCAAUCUUUAUGACGUCUCCGAAAGAAGGUGCGGGUUUCCCUACGUGGAGCUCAUACUUAAGGUACACUAAAAUCAAGACGCGUGAGGUGACUUCGGGUGGGUGGGAGUUGCGCACGGCGAUGAUGCCCUGCCGCCGCGCCUCUGUGUAACCGGUGGUACUUAAAAUAUUGGGCAACUUCACGCACGAUUUUCAGAAACGUCAUAAAGAUUGCAUCGGACUAUACGUACGUUAUAAAUAUUUUUUAUUUAAAUAUAUUAUAGGUACUCGUUAUUAAUAUGUAUUAGUCUGAUGUGAUAGUGUUAAAUCAAAGAUGUUAAUAUAAGUAAUUCAAUAUUGUUUUCCCGUGAUAACUAAUUAAGUACAUAAUGAUUGACGGUUUUAGAAAUUUAGAGUACUUAUUAGAAGCCAAAGCACGCUGUGCAUUAGAAAUUCACUGCCUUAAAUAUAACCAAGUCAAUGAUUGCAGUAGUGAUUUUAAAAUAUUUUCAUAAAUAAAUAGGCGAUAUGUAGGAGACAUCAAUUGAUUUAAAAUUGACUGAAAUAACAUAACGGGAAUACUUAAAAGCAAUUUAUUGUUUAAAUAAAGAAAUUAAUUUUAGGUUUUUGUUACUAUUUAAUUGUAUUAUUUAUGUAAAAAAAAUUGACAAUUAGAAUUUUAAGUUUUGGAAAUAAUAAGUACAAAUAUUAUGAUUAUUUAAAUGUUAUAAAAUAUAUAUCAAACAUGAUAUUUUUGGAAAAGACAAAACAAAAGUCUGUCUUUUAAAUAUUCUUAUUAAAUCUCUUUAGAUAGUAAUGUAGUCAACUAUAGUGCAAAUAAAAUAAUCGCGCUUAGUUAUUAGACCAAAACAAAAUUUUGAAAUAAAACAUUGCACAAUUAUAUUUAUGCACUUGUGAUAACUCUCCUUAAAUGUAAAUAUAACAUUAUGGUAUUUUAUUUUUUCAACUAACUGAACUGUAUUUCGAGAAAUUGUAAUUAGUGGUUAUAAAGCUGUAACCGAACGGACGAAUAAAGUGAAGAGGACGUAUUAUUGACAGCAGAAUAAUGGUAUCUUGAACGACUACUUCAGUAAAAUAAAAGUAUUGAUAGACUUUAUGUUUUUGUAGGACUGGGAAAAUUUAACUAUCUGUAAGAUUUGUGCUGUUAUAAACCUUAAAAUAUUUUAGAGAAAACUAUGGUUUUCUUUAGUGAGCUCUGAGCAUUUUUAUGACUUAAAUGUUGUGACAAAUUUCACCAUGAAACUUACGUACUUAUUGUUUUAUAUAAUAUUUUAAUGUGUCGUGUAUAAUUUGAAUUUUAUCAACCUAUUUAGUACAUAUAAAUAUAUUAUUAAGCGAAUAUGUUAUAAUUAUCGAUACUAUCAAUCAUUAAUCCUUUAAUUCCAGGUACUAGAAAAGCUUAAAUGUUAGUUUAAAUAUUGUUUUUAGUUUGAAUUUCGGACAAUUUCGUUCAAUCGAAAGGUGAUUUAAAUUUCAAUAAAAUGAAAUAAAUUAAAAGCUAAAUAAUGUUGUAUAAUAUUAUUUCAAGUACUUAAAUAUUGUUAAUAUUUAUCUAUUUACCUAGGUACCAGUUUUGUGUAGAUAAAUGGUGGUGGAAUAUCACAAAAUUUUGAAUCCAAUUCAACAUUAAUAAUUAUAAAGAAUAUUUUAAGCUGUACUACAAUAAGUAUUUAAGAUAUUGUUUCUUAGGGCUAUAAUAGCUAGUUAGUGUGUUUAAUGUGAUACAUGUUUUUUUAUUCUUUUUUAUUUGGUUCUGAGAACCAACUUGGCAUUUGGGGUUACCUAGCGGAAAUAAAGAUUUAUUUGCUGUU